GCAGUUGAGCUGAGCGCGCCUGUCAUAUGAGCCCAGGAGAAAAGCGCACCAGAGCCGAACAUCCAAUGGAAGUUUAACUGAAAAGAAGCGCAGCGAUGACAGCCGAGUUUAUUUCCCUUCGAAGUGACUGAGAUCCACAUCUUGCUGCGUCGCAUCCGAUUCGAUUCAGCCUGCUGUGAAGAUGCGAAGGAGAUACGGGAUGAAUUCCGCUUUUAUCGCAGUGUUAUUUGGAGUGGUUGGGGCUCUGGCAAAUAAGGAGGAAUGUUCUUCAGGCCAGUAUACAGCCAGCGGAGAAUGCUGCGUGCAGUGCCAGCCCGGUGAAGGUGUCGUCAAACCGUGUGGAGUCACACAGACUGUCUGCGCGCCCUGCCUUGACAGUGAAACCUUCUCAGAAAACUUCAGUCACACGGAGAGAUGUCAGCCCUGCACAGUAUGCACAGGUCCAUUCCGCAUGAAGGCGCCUUGUACAGACUCCAAUGACGCCACCUGUGUGUGCAACUAUAGCUACUAUAUGAAUGUGCUCUCUCAGCGGUGUGAACCUUGCACCAAAUGUCCUGAAGGCCAGGGCAUGCUGUACAGCUGUGAGUUUGACCAUGACACGGUGUGUGAGGAGUGCACCGGGGACACCUACUCGGACCAGGAGAGUUCUCGGGAGCCCUGCAUCCCCUGCACCACCUGCGAUGACGGGGAAGCGUUACAGCCCUGCACCUCUUUCACAGAUACAGUUUGUCCUGCUCCUACAAUUUACGAAGAUGCAGCGUCUCCCACGCCCUUUUCGAGUAACUCCACACCCACCUAUGAGGACUUUCCACCAGACAGCCUCCCACCAGAGGGCCCUACAGACACCACCACCACCACUAAUGGUGAUUCCAAAGAGCCGAUCUACCAUCUGAACGACAAACUCAUCCCCAUCUACUGCUCCAUCCUGGCAGCUGUUGUAGUGGGUAUUGUGGCCUUCAUUAUCUUCAAGAGGUGGAACAGCUGUAAGCAGGACAAGCAAGGAGCUAACAACUGCACAGCCAACCAGAACCAGACGCCAUCACCUGAGGGAGAGAAGCUGCACAGUGACAGUGGCAUUUCUGUGGACAGCCAAAGUCUGCAGGAGCAGCAGGGCCAGACUCAGGCCCAGACAGUUGUCACCAUGGAUGAAGAGCCUUGUUUGCUCCUUCCGCUCCACACCAGAGAGAAAGUGGAGAAGCUGCUGUUCAGGGGCGGUGAAGGAGAUGACUGCAACCACAUGGAGGACAGUGACUGGUGCAAUCUGGCGGGCCUCCUGGGUUACGAGGAGGAGCGCAUCGCCACCUUCCAACAGGAAGAGCAUCCUGUUCGCGCGCUCCUGUCUGACUGGGCGAGAAAGGACUGUGCCAGCAUUGACACACUGUGCACAGCGCUGCGCAAAAUUAACCGCGAUGACAUCGCCCAGAGUCUGGUGCUGAGCCCGAAUGUUGCGAAGCCUACCGCCACUUCUGUAGUGUGAUUUGAACUUAAAAGUAAGCAAACCUUAACCUUAAUAUCCUUCCAUGGGCUCCCUCACGCCACGUAAUCCUAGCAGUCAAAUAUCAUGAGUCCUGAAGAAUCAUGUUUAAUCAAGGAUUAAAAUGCCAGAAAUACAAAAACUGCAUGAAUAUCAACAUACUUAAUAAAGCCAAAACACUUCACUUAAUCAUCUGAAUGUGCUUAUAAUAAAUACAUUCUCACGUUUUAAAAUCCACACACUUUAAAACCUAUGCAGAAGAAAAAUUUCUAUAAUUAUUAAAUUUUUGGGCCUGGCUAUCCAUUUGCCUUCCUACACUAUAACCGUCCUCUGACUGUAUUACCAUAAAGCAGAAAUGGGCUUUGAACUGAAUUUAUUGUGGAUACCUGGCUCUGUCAUUCCUACAACUUUACCCCAUGCAUCUUUAUUCCUAAACAUUCAUAGUUAGUUUGUCCCUAGCUUAUAGCAUUCGUAAGCCAGUGUUGUACCUUGUUACUUCACAAAUAUGCUACCAAAGAAGAGUAAAUGUCUCAAGACCAUACCUGAUGAGCGACAUUAUUUACAUGCCAUGCUAGACAUUUUGCAUUUAAGUUGUCAAAUGGCAUGAAUCUGUUACUGCUGUCCGAUUGGUUCUGCAUACCACGGGGUAUCUGGAUCUUUGCUAAUAUGACAACAUGAGGAAGGAUCCUUCCCAAAUGAACUUGAUCUCUUUCAGCAAAAAAACAAAAGUCUGGCAAUGUGCUCUUAUUUUAAAUGUGUAAGACAUUGAGCUGCAGCACACAUGAGAUUGAUCUCAACUAACUGGUUCCUGCGGACCCUUCAUUAUUCCGACAACUGCUAGUAGAACUAUUGGCUGGACUUUGCCAACUAGGUGGUCUGUGGGGCAGGUCAUUGACCGAGGCAACAUGAGACACUAUUCUAUGUGCUCAGGUCUAUCUGCAUAACACAGGAGCUCACACACAGACUCCAUCAUAGUGACCUAGAAAAGGGACGUGGAAUUCAAAAGUAUCAACUAUGUACACAAUACAUACAUAGGCACACACCAUACUCAUACUGUUCAAUGCAUACAUACACACAUAGACCAACAGUAUGUCACACACACACAAACACACACAAACAAAGAACACAGAAUAUUCCAGAUCCCGCCAUAUACUAAAUGAAACACUUUCAUGAGUUGGCGAUGUAUUGUUUGAGCUCAUUAUUAGUAGCCAAUAUAUUGUAAUAGUAUGUCUAAAAUCCAUAUAAUUUACAAUGUGUGCUAUAGAUGGUGAAAUGCUACCUUAACAGUAAACAGCAUGCAGAAACUAGCAACUCAAAUUCCUAAAAAAACAAACAAAUAAAUAUAUACAGAAUAAUCAGAAUGCCAAACAAAAGUCCAGGGUUUUCUAUCCUUUUUUCUUAAUUUCUCAGGGUAUCUUGAAUGACUGUCUUACUACAUUAAUACAACACUUAUUAUUGCACCCUUUAUUGACACUGUGUUUAUCCAAAGCAGUGAUUCUUGCGACUGACAAUCCUUCAGACAGGUGAAUAAGAAAAGGGAAGAGAAGAAAGGGUGUCUUGUUUCCUCAUUGUUUGUAACAAUGACCUAUGGAUAAAAGGCAAGUCAGCUGAGACAGAAGUCAAAGGAUGUGGGAUGAUCAGACCAAGGGAAAGCGAAAAAGUUUUGGAUUACUUAAAUGUAUAGAUGAAACCCAGGAUCCAGCACUCAGCUUGCUUAAGUACAAACAUUCCUUCCUCUUCUCAUGGCGGUACUGUAUAUGCUUUUUACAUAGAGGUGUGUUGCACCCUUUUGGUUCGAAUUUGUCAAAGCAUUCUCCAAAAAAAAUGUAAUUAUGAUGAAAUUAUUAUGCUGCCGACUGAGGAUUGCAACUAUUUGUGUUUUCUUUGUGGGGGGGAAAUAUUUGAAGGAGCAAAUAGUUUACUGUUCUAAACGUACCUAUAUCCCCAAUGUCAUUUGUAGCUUUCAGUUACAGACUGCACAUUGGUACUAACCACUAGCAUACUGAGUUAAUGUUGUAGUGUUACUUUAAAUGAAGGUAUUCUCACUCUACUCUCUAAGGGUUGUUGUAUUUUAACUACCAAAUAACAACUGUAAAUGGUA